UCCCUGUCUCGUGUUCCGCUCCGUCGCGCGUGUGUGGGACGUGCGGAUUGCGCGGCUUUCCCUGCGAAGAAAACGGACCUGGGACACCGCGGGCGGGUGAAGAGUCCGGCGGCGAUAGGACCUGCCCGGCCGGGGAUGCUCCUAUCCGGCUCCCUGCGGGCGGCAGAGCGGGGAAGGCGAGCGCUGCGGGGGCCAGGAGGGGCAGCGGCCGUGGCUGGCAGGCUGACAAGCGAGUGGGCGAGAAGCAACUGACGGGAUGGAUUGAUUGAUAAAGAUGGAGAGAGGCAGAGGAGGAGGAGGAGGAAGGAGUGUGGGGGGCUCUGGCCUACACAGGAGCAUUUACUCCCAGUCCCAGCAGCAGUAUCAUUAUCCUGCCUCCUCUUCUCAGGCGGGCUGUAUGGAAAUCCAGGAGCUGGCCUCCAAAAGAGUGGAUAUCCAAAAAAAGAGGUUUUAUCUGGACGUAAAGCAGAGCUCUCGAGGCCGUUUCCUGAAGAUAGCAGAGGUCUGGAUAGGAAGAGGCAGACAGGACAAUAUUAGGAAAAGCAAACUGACUCUCUCCUUGUCAGUAGCUUCUGAACUGAAGGAUUGUCUGGGAGAUUUCAUAGAGCACUAUGCCCAUUUGGGCCUGAAAGGCAGCCAGAGUCAUCGGAAUGAUCAUGCUAAUGGCAAGGAGCAAGAUUCAAGGAGGCGACAACACCAUCACCCACCAUCUCCUCCAGCAUCAGUUGGAUCUGAAGAGCAUCUUCACAGCGUCUUAAAAACUGAAUACAUUGAAAGAGACAAUAGGAAGUAUUACCUAGACCUGAAGGAGAACCAACGUGGACGUUUCUUAAGGAUUAGACAGACUUUGAUUAGAGGGCCUGGCAUGAUAGGAUAUUUUGGUCACAGUUUAGGGCAGGAACAGACUAUUGUCCUUCCAGCACAGGGGAUGAUAGAAUUCAGGGAUGCUUUGGUCCAGCUCAUUGAAGAGUAUGGUGAAGGAGACAUAGAAGAAAGGCGGAGUGGAGGUGAUGAGCCUCCUGAACUCCCAGAGGGGACUUCCUUCAGGGUGGACAACAAGAGGUUCUACUUUGAUGUGGGGUCCAACAGGUAUGGUAUUUUUUUGAAGGUAAGUGAAGUGAGGCCUCCAUACCGUAACACCAUCACUGUCCCCUACAAAGCAUGGACAAGAUUUGGGGAAAACUUUAUCAAGUAUGAAGAAGAAAUGAGGAGAAUUUACAACGGCCAUAAAGAGAAAAGAAUGGAUAUCAGAGGGGACAGUGGUGAAGAACAAGAGGGUCUUGAUUAGAAUGUGAUUCAACAGACCAAGAAAUAAGAGAAUUGUCUAGUGGUACUGCUAUGUAGUGGCUGGAAGAAGUUGCCUUUCUUUUUGUAAGUUCUUCCCUCUUGUUAGAUAUCUCGUAUAUAUAUAUAAAUAUAUAAUACUAUAAGGGUCUGGUUUUCUUGUUAAAUUAUGCCCAACAACAUAUCUGUGAUUUCUUACACAAAGAAUUAACCACCCAAUGAUUAUGGUACUUAAAUCUUACAAGACUAUGAAAUCAUGUAUAAUGGCACUAAAACUGUUGUGACAAUUUAAAGAAUCUGUAUAAGGUUUGUGUUGCGGUAUAACAUGAUACACAUGUCAGGUGAAAUUAGUAUCUCCUAAUAUUAACCAUAGAGCGUUUAUGACCAAAACAGAUAUUUAAUUUUAAAUGGUUGUAUAGGAAAAGGUAUCUUUAAAUGAAUUAACCUGCUGAUUACUUUAUGGCAAAAAAUGGUGGUGGGGGGAUGGGGAUUACUGGCCAGUAAUUAAUUCCAUGUUUACCUAAUUUUAUGAUAACUCAGUAAUUUAAAUGUCGCACCAAUAUAAAUCCAUUUCUGAGUUAACAGAUUGUUCCAAAAUAAUGUUGAUCAUAAAUCUUUCAUUCUGUAUGGAUGUGAGGAGAGUUUACAAAAUUUCAAAAGCUAUUUUUAUAUUUGUGGGGUUAGGGGGUUCUAGUGAGUUGCUGUGAUGUAGAAACUUGAUAGGUUGUUAUGGUUGAGAUUGAAAUUUGAAAUAAGGAGAAUAUGUAUGAAUGUAAUGUGGAAAAGUAUUAGAAUAACUUUUGUUUUUCCUUUGAGGAAAUGCUUUGAGAGAUUUUGGUGCAUCACUUAAUUGAUAUCAAGCAGAUUUCUGUGGUUUCACUGCUACAGUUGAAACAUUCAGUUGCAGCUAUCAGCAGUUCCUUAUGAAUCAUGUCUUAAAAACAUUUUAUUAUCCCAAGCCAUGAUCUGCACUUUUUUUCUUUUGUUCAAGCAUGGACCUCUAGCCAAACCAGUAAAAACACAUCUAGAGACAGAAUUUCCAAACAAAAUAAACAUUUUGUCUUUAACACAUACUCACACAUCCACAAAAUUACUGGAGAGUUUGUGUGGAUUAUUAGAGGGCUAGAAGGCUUGUCAUGAACAAAUUAUUUUUGUUUACCUAGCAAAAUCCUUUAAUUCUGAUAAGACUGCAAUCCUAUACACACAUUUUGGUAGCAAGAUUCUUUAAUACAAUGGACCCAACUUCUGAGGAGACAUGCCAAGGAUUGCACUGUAAAUCAGAAAUUAAAUUAAGGCGGAAAAGUUUUGUCUUCAAACACCAAAGCAUGUACUUUAGACCUUGAUACUGUGUAACUGCUUCUCUCCUAAGCAUCUUAUUUAAAUAUACAGAAACAUAUCCCUCAAAGUUCUUUUCCAUCAAAGAAACUGCAAGUUUUUGCCAUCUUAAAUACAAAUAAUAGGUUUUUUUCACAUCCAGAUGUUCUGACACCCUAGCAAAAUUGUUUCUAGCUUUAAUUCUACUCUACUUGCCAUUUCCAUUUCAAUGCCCUAUUAAAUGUAUUCUGUAAUCUCCUGUGUGUUUGAAAAGAGGAGAGCACAGUCUGGCAUUUCGUUUAGUAACAAAAUUGUUGAAAUACUUUUAUUUAUAAACAAAAGGAAAAAAGUGCUUGCACCAAAAUCCCCAAAGAAACUUUAGAAAUGUGUGUUACACUUGUGACAGAGAAAAAGAGAAGUAUCGACUUUAAUUUCACUGUUUUAGGUGAUUUGCCCAAUAUAUGAGAAUUGGACCUACCGAGUAUUUGGUACCCAUGUCAAGCCUGAAACUAAGAAUUCUUAGGGUGCCAUCCAAUGCAUCCUUAGACGGAAAAAUGCCUUACAGUCCCCAGCAUUCUUCAGCCAACAUUGGGAAUGACUGGCCAGAGAUUGCUAGCAGUUGUGGGAGGUGUUUUCCUAUCUAAAUGUGCAUUGAAUUGCAACCUAAUUUGAUUGUUUUAGUUACUAGUGCCCCACUGGGCCACAAUAAAUUAUAUGAAGGAUCUUGGUAUAAACGAGUACUAAAAGUACUUCUAAGGGGUAAAUUAGUAAUCUGAAUGAAAGUGUACUGUUGUUGAUUUGAUAGUAUAAUUAUAGUGAAUUGUCUAAGCCUAAAUUACCAUACUGCUGAUUUGCUACUGCACAUCCCAAACCCUGUUGUAAUGGUAAAAUUGUCAGAUUCCAGAAUAUGGAAUCCAUGAGUGUAGGAAUUCCUGAUGCUCACAUUCUCUCAAUUCUCAUUUUGCUAAGGGCAAUAUCUCCCAUCCCCCUCACAAUAUGCAACGUGUUCCAUUUUUUAAAUGACACCAUUAUCAGUCAGUAUGCUUUUACUGGAUUUUACCCCUGUUGUUAAAAAUGUUGCACUUAAAUAUCCUGUUUUUUUCAUACCAAGUUGGAACAGAUAAAAGUAUAUCGACUGUCUAAUUAUAAUUUAAAAUGUAUUUCCUUCCAAGUUUUUUUUAAGCAAAAGGUUGUGAAAUGCUAUCUUUACAACUUCAGUCAGAAUGAAGAUUAGUUUACACACUUCUGUGUGCAAGUUUCCACCACUGUGUAUCUGGAUUUCUGUACUGAGCUAAACAUCUAGUACUCAGUUUUGAGUAUUGCCCGCUUCUGCUCCCCUCUCCCUGUAAUGUGUGUCCUUCUGCCACUAAUCAAGGUUUAAUCUUCUCUACACAGGCACAGGUUGCCAUCUUCAAAUUUAAUGCACUUAAAUGCAUAUGUGAGCAUCUGAGACUGACUACACAUGAGCCUUAAAGUUGUCAUCUGCUAAAUAUAGUGGAUAUACUGGUAUGGGCUUUUCCACUGGAAGUAAUUAGUUCUGUUCAUAUCUUCAAAUCCAAGGGUUAUAAAUCAGAUUUACAAUGCUAAGAGCUAAAAUGGUAAUUUGGAAAAGAGUUUCUCUUUACGUCUGGCAGUACAUCCACAAUUUUGGAGAAUGGCAAUAACAUGCUAAGUGUUUGCAGAGGGAUCUGUUAAAAUGUAAAAUAUUAUUUGCACCCCAAAUAUGCCAUGUCCCUUAAACUUGAGAAAAAACACAAGCUUAUUUGCACUAAAAAGCGUGGCCAAAAACAAUUAUAGGAGGGCAGGGUGGAUAAAAUCAGUUUGUACCUCUUGAAUAAUUUGUUCUCAUGAGAGAAUUUUACAUUAAAGCCCUGACCUCUCUUUUAAAACUGUAUGGUCCAGACAGAAAGUCUGUCAGUUUUGUGAUUUCAUAAUAAUGCACUUUAUAUUUUAUAAAUAACAGAAGCACAUUUCUGCUACUUGUUUGGUACAGUGUGUUUCAAUAUAACAGAAAUUCUGAAACAGUAUUAAAUGACCUUCUGCAUGCACGUAUGUCAGUGAUAUAUUGCAAGGACUAGAUCAAAUUAUGUUGGCAUGAUGGAGAGCUGGCACUACAUUGAAAUUUAUUUCCAAAUAUCAAGAACCACCUGUGUUUCAGAAAGCUUGAGUCCAGCUCUCGCUGGAUUUGUGUAAUCAACUUUUUUGAAGCACAAGCAGACUUUCAAAUGUUUUAUUCAUGCAACUAAUACAGAUAUGGAUUAAAUAACUAUCAUAUCUGUAGUUUUGCAAUGUCGCCACAUAAUCUUUCUACCUGCACCCUAAAAAUUGAAUUUAGGAUAUAGUCCUAUGCAUUUUCAGGCAGAAGAAACAGUCCUACAAUUUCCAGCAUUCCCAGCCAGCCAUCUGACUGGAAAUUUCUGGGAGUUGUAUCAUUUUUGUCCUGUCUGAACAUGCGUAGAAUUGUCCUCUUAGGGGACAGGAUUUUAUGUGACUUACAAGAUUGGUAGCAGACCAGUUGUGCUAACUGAUCUCAUAUAUUGUAGUUUUUCUUUCUUUCUUUCUUUUUUGCUAAAAUACAAAUAUAUAAAGCUAUUACAAUAGCAUAUUGAUAUGAGAGAGUUCCAUGAUUCAUAUAGAAUUAGGAAGUACCUUAUACAGCACAUCACACCAAUUCUAUAAAACCUAGGAAAUUUUAGAUGAAAAAUUUUCAGGAAAAGCAUAUUUGUUCCUACUCUCAAAAGAAGGUAAUGCAUCAAAUCUGUCAAAGCCUGACAGAUUUAAAAACUAGAACUGAAGAAAAAGAUACUAUUUCAUAUUAGCAACAACAUAAUGUGUGCUUUAUUAGUGUUAAAACAUAAUUUUUCUUAAUAAUAUGCUCUUCUAAGGGUCAGUUCACUCUGUUCUUUUCUCUUACAUGUGAGGAAUGUUACUUUCAUAGCAUCUUUAAAGCAUUAGACAAAUAAAAAGUUGUGCUAGCUUAAUACCAUAUAUGUUGCCACUUCUUGGGUAAGGGGGACAAUUCUCUUAAUAUCAACUAAUAUAGCAUAUUCUAUUAAAGUUCCUAUAAUAUUUAUUUAGGUAGGUUUUUGAGUGAUAUAUUAUGAGACUGUAGCCUUAUGAGAUGGAAAUCAUACCCUUUGUGUUACUGUUGUUGGACAAUUAAUUUGUAGCAUAUCAUGUCCUAUACUUACUUGCUACAUGAUCUUUCAUAUUCAAGAUAAUGGGUUCUUUCCUUAAAAUGAUGUAACUGGUCUCAAAUAACUGCAAGCAGAAUGUAAAUCAUAACACUGACCUAUCCUCUUUGAGAUGCCUGCUCAAAUUCACUAAGUUAAAAGAAGCAUCCAUACCAACAAAUCAAACAUGGCUGAUGGUUACUAUGGUGAUAGCAUAACUUUUUCCAGCCACCUCUACAUUUCUCCACAUGCUCUUGCCCCAGAGCGAUUUGAAACUGCCUGUAUAUUGCAGGAAAAGUACAGCGUGAACUGCUCCCAAAGGAUUUAGUAUAGUUGAUUACAGAAAUUAAUGUUUACAGUGAUUGUACCGCUAAUGUAUUCAUAUUAUUGUAUGUUAAGCAGUUUGCCAUGAAAUAUCUAUAUCUCAGUCCCUCAAUUAAAAAAAAUCAAUCUAAAAGUCAAGUUUUUAUAAAUACAAAUAUCAGAUAAAUAUUUAGUUUGUAGAACUAUUUAAUCUAGUAGUUAUCCCACUAGUUCAAAAUAAUCUUUAAAAUAUUAUUGGAUUGUGAUAUACAGCACAGAGAGGCAGGCCCUCUCAGUAGAGUUGAAAGGAUAAUGGCAGGAAAUAGUAAAAAGAUUUCUUAAAAUGUGAAAUAAAGUUUGUAAAGGAUAUGAGGGCGUAGGUAUCUGUUAUACCUAUGAAAAUACAACAUAGGAAAUCAUAGCGUCUCAUGUAAUAUUUGAAUUGCAGUUCUCAUACUAGCACUGAUAUUUAUGUGAAACUUAACUCAAAAACAGACAUAGAGCUGUUUGGAUGGCAUAAUAAAAACAGGCUAUGGUGGCAUAAGCAAACCACUGUGGCUUGUUGUAAGUUGCAGCACAUGCUAGGCAUGAUUUGCCUAAUUGUCACCUGGCUGUGGCUUAUCAUGGCUUAUCAUGCCAUCUAAAUGAAGGUGGCAUGGCUUGUUGGAAGUUAAAAAACUCCUUGAAUAACCUGGGUUCAGAUUAUGCAAUAAGUUGCAGCCAGACAUUGAUUAUGCAGAUUGAACCCAGUAUGUGUCAUGGCUCACAACAAGCUGCAGUGGCUUUUUUGAUCAUGCAGACUGGAUCCCUGCUUAAAACUGGCCUUUUCAUACAUCAUUCAAAAUCUCCACAUGGUAUUUUAUUGUGGUGGGGAUUGGUAGGAAGGUUUGAUAAAAUAUGCUUGUUAGUGAAAUUGUCUGCAUUCUUUAUUUAUACGUAAAUGGUUUUAAGCUUCAUAGGAAAGAGAACUGGCAUAGUUCAGGGUACUGAUCAUCAUUUACUAAUAACAUGGUUAACUGAAACUAUAGCAAUUUGUGCAGUGGCUGUAUGUUUGUUUGUAUUGUUUAGUUCCAUUGUAGAUCAUUUGCAGUGUGGGUAUAGUCCUACCAUGCUGGUACAAAUUGAUAUGUACAAUUCAUGUACAUAUUAAAGGUUUUGUAUUCUAUUUUCUAGAUACUGUCUGAUGUAACACAGUUUGCCCAUUGCAUAGUUUUCAAAUCAGUGCAGGAGUCAGUUUUUUGAGGGACUUCAGGCAAGACACCCCCAGUGCCUCCUCCCCCAGUGAGUCUACAUUCUUGCCCCCAUUUUCACUACCCAACUUUUGCUUAUCUUGCGCUUUCUCACUAUAGUUACUACCUGUUUGCUUGAUAGGCAGAAAGCCAGUGAGUGAGUAGGCAAUGUUAUUUGCUGCUUCCCAGUCCUCACCAUCAGUAUUAUCUGAGGUAAAACAGGAGGCAGGCAAACAAGAAGAUUGCAAUGGUGAAAAGUAGGAACAACUCCAGGGGGCUGACCCCUGCUGGAAUGUAGGACCUUAGUAUUUGUCUAAUCAUACCUUCCAUUGAUGCUAGCCCUGUUUAUUUCCUAAAUACAAUUCAGUAUUGAAUUGGAUUAAAAUAAGGUAAUUUAUUUGGUUAAAGUGGAUUGAAAACAGAGGACAUUGUUUUCAAACCAGCGAAGUUUAGUUCAUGGAGCUAAGCCAGUGUACUGCCAGACCAGACCUACAGAUUUCUACUUUCUGUGCUAGAAAAACACUCCUUCUGUUGACAGUAUAGCAUAAUAAUCAGUAUUGUGCUAUAGGGCCCUCUUUAAGCACAUUUUUCCUCGUGCAGAUAGACUUGGCUCAGCUAUCAUCUUUCUCAUCCUCCAAACUAUGGAUGUGAACAUCCUUCCCUAACCAGACAUGCUCCAGAUGUGUUGGUCAUGCUCAUUAGAGUUUAUGGGACUUGCUGUCCAACACAUGUGGAGGGCACUAGGGUGGAAAAGGAUGGUUUUGAUGUUUGGGAGCAAGCAGUGUUCUCAUGCAUUCCCUUUGCCCCUUUCAUAUUCAGCUGAAUGAGGUUUCUGGCAAAAGGCUGGAUCCUGAUUUGAGGGUGUGUGCACACUGUCAUGUGUUGAUUUGGGUGCAACAAUAAAUUGCAUUUGACUAAAAACUCUGAAGUUACUCAUUAAACUGAGUGCUCAAAAGGAAAGUGAGAGGAGGAGCACAGUGCUUGUCCCCGUUGUCCAACGCAUACUUUAGAGUCAAAUGUUUAACAACUGGAUUUCAGUCUUAAGACUUAAAGUAUCUCAACUUUAACAGUAAAAUGUACAAUCCUUUCAAAUAGUUCUGGAUUUCCCACUGGUAAAUUGUACAAUAGAUUCCUGUCAUUAGUGCUUCAUUGGUAACAUUUGACAGCUUACCAACAGAAAUAUUUUAGUUAACUUCUGCAAGUAAUUAUAAUCAAAUCUGUAUGUAUUCAUGUGACUGAUAAGCAGGAGAUUUUCAAAUAUCUACACGAAAUGUUCAGCCCUUACAAUAUUAUUUGAAAGACUUCAGUUUCAGUGAUAGGGGCUUCUCACACAAAUGGAUUUUGCAGAGGUCUUGCAAGAUGCAGUUCAUUUUGAGAACAAUCCGAAGUGUAGGUUUUUGCAUUAACCCUACUUUCAGAGCUUGUCUGAGUCUUUGCAAAUAUUUAUCUGCAUUCAGAGAUAGAUACGUUUAUUAUAUUUCUGAUAUUUUUACUUCCUAUUUUUAAUAUGGAUGCUCUUAAAAAGUAUCCAUGUAUUUCAAGUUCAAUGAUAAAGCUGUCCCCAAAGCCUGGAUUUCUUUCAUUUUUAAUAUAAGCUAGAACAUUUCAGAUAAAAACAUUAUAAACACAUCUUAGUGGCAAUUGGUGCAUACUGUAUGACUUCAGUAUAUCUUAUUUCUUUUUAGAUUCUAAAAAAAGUGAAAAAUUAAAUUAUUAAGAUGUGUAAAUGGCAGGUUUUCACUAACUUAAAUCUGCAAAAUAAAUGGGAACUUCACUGUGAAACAAAAAUCAUAAGCUUUCCUUAGUUUUCCACUUGCCAUUCCCCCUGCUUCUGAAGCUAAAAGAAAAAAAAACAGUUCAAUUGAAAAGUGAAUAUAAGUGUCUGCUUCUGCAGUUUUGCUUCAUGUGAACAUCAGAGCAUACAGGGCUCUGGAUCAGAGUAAAUAUAUUAGUGUUAUGUACUAAUGGUGUCUGUGGCAGCAGUGAAGCUUCUGGUACUGAUUUGCUGAGCUGUGAUGAUGUUGCAGAGGCUGAGCAGCUAUGCAGAUUGAAUUGCAGAGAGGGCCUUAGGACAAGGUAUUUUUGAGGCAGGAUUGCUGAGAAGAAGAAAAUAGAUACUGGAUGAUAAACUCAUCUUAAGUAAAAGAGAGAAUUGAAUGGGAAGCAUAUCGAAAGAGCAUAUUUUACAGAAAAAUGGUCUGAAGAAGCAGUGAUUAGGAAGGAAAGUGUCUCCUUGAAGGCUCAAAAGAGAGAAUCUCAGGAGGCCAAAAAGAAUGGGAUCAAGGAGAGGAAAACUGGAUGAGGAAGCUCUGCAUGGGGAGCCAGGAAGAAGAAAGAAGGAAUUCUAGAAGCAGUGGCUCUAUGAAAGGAGAAAUGGAAGUGAAACACAGGAAUGAAAGGAAUUAGAGAUUUUGUGCAGGAAGUGUCUGAUGGGUAGUGACUCACUACAGUUGUGUCUUAGUGUCUCUAAUGUAGAUUAUAUAUAGUUUUUGAUGUGUAUCUAUAUAAAAAUAUAUUUGAGCCUUGGUUGUUUCCGAGUUUGUAAAGUAGUUCUACAACACAUAGCUGAAAUUUCAUAAGAACAUAUUUCAGCACAUGCUAACUACUAAAUUCUGCAAAUAGAAGAUUUACAUAUAUCCAAAUGUUGGGCAUACUCCUUUGCAUAACAAUGGCUUGUAUUUCAGUCUGGAGCAACCUACCCUUGAUUAGGGCACGAGUAGGGAUUUCUAGUGAUUCCUUAUGCUUGCAGGAUCCACAUUUUUAUUUACCAGUCUUACAUUUAAAAACAUAAACAGUACAUUUAGCAUUAAGCAGAAACUUUUCUAAGCAAGGUUAUAUUUUACUUUUCCCAUUCCUCUAAUUUUGCAUAUGAAUCGGUUGCAGUACAUGCACGCCUGUUAAAGAAUGGCACUGCCCAUUCAGGACUUCAAGUAAAAUCUGGUUCCCAUUUUUAGCUUCCUUUAAGAUUUCAUUAAUUCAUUCAAAAUAUGAAUAUGGUAAAUCUAUAUUUUGUUAAAAAGGAUCAUGUUCUCUUCCAUGUAGCACCCAAAUAAGGCUGAAUAUCAACAACUGUGUUCAUAAAGGGAAAUCUGUAGCAUUGUGACAGGCCUGCCCUAACUCUGGCUGAACUAAUACUAGGAAAAAAAAUCAUGUUUAUUCCAAAACAGCAAAGGUGAUGUGCAUACAUGUGAUUUGAUUAGCAUUGAACUCACCUGAGGAGAAGGAAACAAGAUGUGUUACCUCCAUAUUUCAAGACUGUGCUAUUCCUGAGGUGUGAUUAUAGCUGUAGAAGAGUUUGGCAAUCAUUUGGCUUAGAAUUUGCUAUACUUGGGGCGGGAGGGGCAGUGCUGCAGCAGAAAUUGGUAUAUAAGGAUGCCUUAUCUUACCAGAAUUAUUUAGGUCUACCCUGCCUCAGACCACAUGUGAGAAAAGGCUUAAUUAUUUUUGUUAAAUAAGGAAUCUGCCAUUGUUCUGAGAUACAUAUUCCCCGAUAAACAUCAAUAAGCCUUAACGUUUUUGCAAUUGAGGUAGGUGGGUAACAAACUAACAAUAAAGAAUGUUAAGAAACAUGACAGUGUUCUACCUAUUAAUUAGAAGAACAUACCUAAGUAGAAUGUAUACAUGUUUGUGAGUUGCUCAUUUACUAAAGCCAAAUCCUAUCAAGUUUACACAGGAAAAAAGGCCUACAGCUUCCAGCAGUUCCCAGACAGCUGGGAGUCGUAGCCUUUUUUUCAGUCCAAGCUGGCAUAGGAUUGUGCCCUAAAAGCUGGUAAAAUAGAUGCCCUAUACCUCUCUAAAGUAGCCACAAAAAAGUAGCAAAAUGUGAAUGAAUGUUAGCCUUUGAAUAUUUUCACACAUCUGUUAUAUAAUUAUACCAGAUCUGAUAGUUUUAUUCUUGUACCUUCUCUUGUGUCUUGCUUUUUCUAUUUCUCCCUGGAGUGCUGGAAAAGACCAUUAGUAUCAUUAAUCUAGCACUGAGCUAAAUGCAAUAAAAUGUUUUGACAACAUGCUUGAAUGCAAUUAGACUUUUUUGGGGUUAAAAUACCAUUUGUUUUCAAACAUAUACUAGACUUCCCCAAUGUUCUUAUUGCACCUACAACCCUUCAUGCUAUUUUUGAGGCCCCCAACUUUCAAGACUGUUAGCUGUGUUCUGGAAAUUAUGUUCAGAAUUCAGUAAGUGGCCUUAAGCGAGUUAGCAUUUUAGUAGCCUUCCAGAGUAUUCUGAAAAGAAAUGUGUAGCAUUAAUCAGGAUUAGCAACAACCAGAUGUAAAAGAGAGUGGCAGUUCCCUUGAGAGGGAAGAAGAAGGAAGCAGUGUUAAUUUUUCAACCCAGUCCUUUAAUCCUAGAUAGUAAGUUUUAUCUAUAUACAUAUAGACAUAAUUUAUAUCCCACCUCUCCACCAAAAGUUUGCAUUUAUAGUGGCAACAGGUUUGUACAACAGAUAAAACAGAAAUAUGCUUGUUCUUGAUGUGCAUUUUGUUUUGUUUAAUCAAGCAUUUUUUUAUAAAGUGUCAAUCUUGUAAUACAAAUUAGCAUUGGCUCAUUAUUUUUUCUUUUGGAUCACUGUUUUUGAUCACCUUCCUGUAGGAAAAGCUCUAGAUAAUGACAAGUAUUUCCCUUCUGGAUUUGUCUGACUUCUAAAUAGUUAAUUUUCAAAACUGAUUUUUGUUAGUUUUUAACAUUCUACUUCUGGACGUGCAUAUUAUUUCCUCAGUAGAUGGUAGAUCAAAACAAUUCCUAAUAUCAGGUAGUAUUUGAUUAAGAUUCUUGGAUGUAAUUACAAAGAAAUGGCAUAAAAUGGUCCUCUUCCUCUCCAUGCAUUCCCACUCCCAAAAUUCAUAGCAUGUCUGGACUGAUGAACAAGAGAAGCAAUAAUUUUACUACUAUAAAUUGUUUUUAGACCUAACUUAAUAAUAUACAAUUCCAGAGGACUGCUACAGCAAAAAACAACAAAGAGGCCUUAGGAUUUUUUUAAUUCCCUGUUCCAUGGUUAGAGAGUGUGCUCUCACCUAGGACCUAGAGAUCAGAGCUCUGGCCCCCUGGUGCUCACAGAUGGUACAGAAAGAACCAUACUGCUGCUUGCCAACAUCAGGAAAGGGGUAGAAGGGGGCAUUUGCAGGGGGAUGGGAAAAGGAGGAGUCUAGGGAGGCAAAAAUAUGUUGUAUCCUGGGCCUCCUUCCCACCCCCACUAGAUGGGAGAUUGCCCAGCCAAAAUAUAAAGCAAGAGGAGCAGGGAAGUGAAUAUUGCACUGGAAAGUUUGGAGGGUUAUGUCCAUCUCCAUCAGCUUGUGCCCUUAUUGUAGCACAGCUUUCAUGGGAGAACCUGCUGCAUCAGUUGGAUGAAGUGAACAUCUGAAUGGUUAGAUUUAUAUAUCCUGAGUAUGGAGUCUCACAAACUGAAGCCAACUGGUCAACCAAAGCAAGAGAAAGCAGUAGGCAUAUGACACUAUUGUGAAAUCACAAAUGAAUCUAGAAAUGAGUUGAUAAUCCCAAGUUCCAAUGAGCAUCUCUGCCACUGCUGUCUAGUGGCUGCUGGUGAUAGAAGGGCACAGCGUAAUCAGUAAUAUAAACUAGCACUUAAAGAAAGGCAGUUACUUUCUGUAGUUAGCUACACAUUCCAAGAAAUUUUUGAGACCAAGUUCUACAAUGUCAAAUUUGCUGACUUGAUGGCUUAAUGCUAAAGUAGAACAUUUUUCUUAGAGUAUUGGAAGUAUGAUUCAUUAUAGCAUGUUUUAGGCAAAGCUGAGUGAUAGUAUUUUAAUGUCAAACCUGUAUCCAUUUCUUCUUUUGUGCUGAGAUUGACUUCUGUUUGAUUUAUUUAAAGAUCUGAGAUCUGCCAAUCUCCUAAUGUGAUAUAUGCCAUCAUUUGUCAAAAGCAUUAUUGGCAAUUUAUGAAACAUGUCAUAUUAGAAGUUGUUCAGAGGAACGAACAAUUGAUGGCAUUUGGUUUGGUUAUAAUGUCAACUGAGUAGAUACAGGGACAGAGUUAGGAUCAGACUGGUUUGUAGGGACUCUUUUUUGGUUUUGGGCAUCUGUUAAAUUACCAAUGGCUAGCUACUUCAAACUAAGUGGCUCAAAACACCUAGAUACAUUAUGAACAAUCAGGAAAUGCAAUAUUUAAGUACACUAGGUAAAGCAAAAAUCACUUACUCACCUCACUUUUCCUACUCCUAGCAGCAUUCAUAUUACCUUACUGUAGUGUUUAUGCUGUAUUUUCACUCUGUGUGAGGUAAUUGUAGGUCAGUGCAUGGACAAUUCAGAAUAAUUUAUUUGGCAUCCAGGCAUUAGAGGAAAUAUUGCUCAUACAACAGAGCUUUAGCACUGCUAGAAAAAAUGAAAUAAGAGGAUACACCUGUUUUGAAAUGGGGAAGCUCAACAGAAUUUACAUAAGGAAAAUCUGAUCUAUCUAUUUGAUCUCCCAAUCCAAAAAAAGCAUUUCCACUCAUAUCUAAAGUUAUUUUUCCAGCAUGAAAGACCCAUUUUGUAAAUGGCUGUUCCAGUGAAUGCAACGGAACUACCAAAAGUGGAGUAUACCUGCUUGAUACCACCCUGUAAAAGGCCACCUUGUUCUUCCAAAGUAAUAGCAGCUUUUAAUAAUGCUUUACACCAGUUGGCCCAGAACAAAAAUUAAACCAAUUGGGCUAUCAUUUCCUGGAUAUCCUCAAUAUCAUCAUCACCACCCUUUAAAAAAAUAUUAUACUUCCAACCCCCAUGUCCAUAGGCAAGCAGUAGGGUCAAGUUGCAUAGUUUUAUGCCGAGAUAAGGAAUUUUGCAUUUGAGUUCUUAAAGAAUUUUGGUUGGAUGCUAUCCAGAUCCAGCGACUUUUCGGUUUUUAAUUAUAUAGAAUCCAGAAGCCUUGCAUGAAGCCAUCUCAGUGGCAGUAGGGUACUUCUUCGGUAGGAACUAGUGUGCCACAAGCUUCAGUUCAAGUGCAAAUGAAUUUUAAGGAGUACAGCCCUGUCUUAACUGACAGCCAGAGCAAAUUGCUGGGCCUCGCCAUCUUUCUUAUGGGCAAGGGCCUUAGGAGACUUUGGUUGACCUUUAGGAUGAAUUUAGGAUUCUUGCCAAGAGUAUGGCAUUCCUGGCUGUGGCUCCAUGCAGGUAUUAUAGACUUGUACCUGGAAGCAUUUCCUGUUGUUAUAUUCCCAACAUUCCCAUAUGUUGAAUAUGGGAAUAUAUUCCCAACAUACUCUGGAGUAUAUUCCUAACAUACUCUGAGAAAGUAAUUCUGCCUUGGUUGGCUUAGCAUAUUUUCAUUAAAAUUACUGUUGGUCUUGGACUGAGGUGACUGUGCCACAAGCUCUGAUUGAUAGUCCAAAGCUCCAAUAAUUCACUAUAUUCCAGUUCUGCUAUUGUCCCACUCUCCUACAGCAUUUUGGGAUAUUUAAAAUACACUGUAGGUAAUAAACUACCAGGCCCUGUCUAGCCUUCUGUCCAUAUGAAAAAGGAACCACCAUUACAGUCUUCAGUUGCUCUCCACACAGUCUUUUCCUCCCUCCUCAAUGUCCUUAUUACCUACUGUUCUGACCUCCUCAACACCAGGGAAUGACAUCUUCAUACUUCCCUUUUUAGGUUUUUCUGGGAAACCUGAAGGAAUCAUCAUCGGUGUCAACAUACCCUCUAGCAUGGGCCUGAGGUACAUGCCAGACACAUUAAAAAGAAUCAAUAAUAGCUGUCGAAAGACACUGAAUAAGCACACACACAAGUUCCCAACAUUUUAUGCUUAACUGAACUACAGCAAAAAAUGUGUCUCAAUAAGUUUUAUUCAAUAUCAUUAAAACUCUUCCCUUAAUUUCUUCAAAACACACUGAAAAUUAUAUUCAGCGGUAUGUGUGUCAGACACAUUCUUCCUCCUCUUAAGAUUCUAAUUAAGCCUACCAAAACAUCCCAAACUACUCAAUAAUUCCUUACAGGGGACAUUUCCUCACAGGAAAAACUCAACUGAUCUUUCCCUGCCUCCCUUCUGUACUCUGUGCCUCUGCCUGACACAUCACCUUUUAUUGUAGUCCUUUUGUUUCUUAUCUCUGGAGGCCUUCUUCAGGCCCAGCUGUCCCCAGUUGUUUCUGCCAGGAUUUUUGGAAAGAUUGGGGCUGCACUGCAAGCAACUCAGCCUUUGCCACAUUCAGCAUUGCGUUUGUGCCUGUCUCAUGAAUCAUGGGUCUGUAAUGUGCUUGCAUAGACGUCAGUAAUGUGCAUCUCUGUCACAGCCAAUUUCCUUGAAUUUGGAUGGAGAAGGCAACGACUUGCUACCCUUCUUAGAAAGGGCAAUAUUCUGUGCAAACAGCAAGUUCUAAAGAUUGAACAGGGUAGUCCAAAAGGUAACCAACUACCUAUGCUAAUAAAUUGUUCCGUAUCACUUGUACAGUUAUUAAUGGCUCAGAACAAGAGGCAAUCAAUUCUUCAGAACUAACUCGCCCCUCAGAACUGGUUGCCCAGAUCAUACUGCUCAGAACUAAUUGUUGCCCAGAAAACCAAUGCCUGAAACAAAUGUGCAGUGAUCAUGUGUCACUUACUCACAAUUGGAAGUUCUUCUCACACGACAGGAAAAAAGUAAUGAUAUGAGAUUGGGCAGAGAAUUUGUGCAGGUACUGGCAGCUACAUUCCUGUCUGAACACCACUUAAAUUGGGUAGUAGUGAUAGAAGCUGCAUUUUUCCUUAAACAGAGGAGUGUUCAGUGACCAAAUUCCUUUUGCCAAACUAUAUUAUAGCUAGUGAGGUGAGAAUCAGACUAGCUCUGACCUCGUAAAAAAUAAAGUGUCCGAAAUAUGACUCAACUUAGUUCAUUCCGAAAUGAUGUUAAGGGAGAAUUGCAUAAGAUGGCCGCAAUGCAAGCUGAUGCAGAAAAUACUGCUUGUCUACUGGGAGACUACCUUCAGUGAUCAUUCUCAUGAUGAUUGCAUUCACAUUAGACAUUUUUCUGUCCAACUUGGCUUCCAAUGUAGCUGCUACAUCAGCUUCUUUCUCACUAUCAUGUCUGUUCCUUGAAGCCACUGAUCUCACCACAUCCUUACUAAAGUUCUUAAAUACCCAUCCAAGGCCAAACUAAUCCCAAACUAACACCUGUCUCUCUUACAAGCUGCUGUAUUAUUUACUACCCUUGCACUUUACCUGCUUCCUUCAAGUUUUUCUGUUUAUACAAGUGUUAGAGACUACUUCACAUCCCAAAUGAAAAAGGGGAACUGUUUGGGUAGUGACAUUUGCAGAUAAUUUUUAAUUUUCAAAGAAAACAGAACAACUACAACAACAAUAAACAAAGUUUACACUGCCUACUUCUUUGAAGUAGCAAAACCACAGUGUGGUUGGUUCAAUGGAAUACCAUGUUCUAUUUUGAAGAGUUCUAGUAGUGAACCAGUGGUGCAUCUCUAGGCUACAUCACUUAGACAUGGUUCCUCUUUAGUUGGUUAUUUAAAUGUCUUUAUUUAUAUAAGUUUAUUUACAUAAUUUAAAUAAAGAAAUUAUUUAAUUUCUUUAUACUUGAUACUCAGUGGUAUAAUGUGUGAAAUGACUCCAUUUAAAAGGUUGUUGUAAAGAGUUGUCGUCUACGUAGUUGUAUUCAGUGCAAGUUGUCAUUUCAUGAGGCAAAAUAUGUCUUUUACACCUCAGUAGAGGUGUAAAUUACUACACUGACACAUAGAUAGCAUUUCAGACUCUAUAGUCCAGCAAAAGGAAGCUUAUUGUAAAGACAGUUGCUUUGAUAUACCAGCUAGUAUGGAAUGCCACUGCUAAAAUUACUACUUUGCAGCAGCAUAGUUUGGCAAGCCUUGUAAAUGAAGCUUUCUGGACUCAUACUUGGUGUAAAUCCCAGGCCAAGGUAGGCACUCUGGCAUAUAUGGCGACCGUUAUUAAUUUUUUGUUAAACAGAAUUGUUCAAUUAAAAUUCUUAAGUUUCUGCAAAGUUUUAGAAUGCAGAGUAAAGUAUUCUUAUGGUUCUCCAAACACUUUUGGAACUUGUUCUUUAAGGUUACAGUUGUCCUUUUUUAUAAGUAUUUACAAGUCUACUCCUUUUCUCAUUCUUAAUUGUUUUUUUGGAAUGUUCAGGGUAGAGGGUGAUUUGAAGAUUUUGCAUACUACACAAAUUAUCUACUCUUAAGGUCUCUGACAUAAUACUUGAGUAACUGACAUAAUCUAUCACAGAAACAAUAAAACUAGCACCCCAGGCAGUGCUAGAAUGAUUAUCACUUGAGCCACUAGGACAGAUCCGGUAUGGCCAUUCUAGGAAACAAUAUCCUCAGAUCCACUCAGCAUGCCCUCAGAGUAGCAAGACAGCUGUUUUUAUUAAUUUCAUUUUUACAGUUUGUACUUCCAUAGCACCUCUUCAUUUUCUUCUGAAAAUGGGGUGCAGUUUUCAGCCUUCCUUCCAAGAUAUGUAAAAAUAUGGAUAUAGUGUUUCUGGAUAAUGGCAUGAAAUAUUUUGAAAUAUUUCACUGCUUUUUAUUUUAAUGUAUUUAAUAUUUGUAGUUUUUCUAUACAACUUUCCCACAAACAUUACCAAGGCAGUAUACAACAAAUCGGAUAAAACAAAAAUAAUUGGUAAGACUUGGUUUCUUGAGAUUUUCAUAUACCUUCAUGUUGUUUCAUACAUUGCCAGUUUGAUUUUUCAUGCUUGUUAUUCCCUGAAGGGCAGGGAAUAUUAAGAAAAUGCCUGUAAACAUGAAAUCAUAGUUUGCUUAAUUUUUUAUUUGAAUCAAAAUUAAAGAUGAAGUUUAGUAAUAGUGCAUUAGUAACCUAUUUCACUGUCACUUUAUUGCUCUAGUCAUUGCAAGGUAAACACAUGUAAUAGUCAAAUAAAUACUUUGAAAGCAUAGCUGUGAGCCUGUUCUUAAAAAGCAUAGUCCCAAAAUGACUCUCCUGCAAACCCCAUGUUAAGACAUUGUUAGAGCCAGCCAAUUUCGCAGUUCUUUAGGGAACCUUCAGUUAGCCUGCUGACUUCAUGGCGAUAGAAGCUCUGGAAAGACUUGCUUUAGAAGACUGGUACUUUUGUUUUCCAAAUUGUCUUCUAGUGAUGUCCACUGACUUGUACUAUAUUGUAAAACUAUAUACAAUGUAAGUUGUUUGUACAUAAUUGCAGUCUGGACACUAGCACUGAAUAUUUCUUUACACCAUGGAAAAUUGUAAUAUGGAGCACAUUUGUGCAGUCCCUGUGUUCCUGGCUCUUACUUUUACUCUCUUAAGUACCACAACAGUCUAAUUUGGUUUGGGGAUACUAACCUAAACCAUGGUUUGGUUUGGGAUACUAACCUAAACCAUGAUCAAAGCUAGCACUUUAAGUACUUGUAGUCACUUUUCUUCUUACUAUACGGAGCACUGCACUUUUAUAAAUACUAGCACUGAGUUUUAAACCUAUUGUUUCCCCCUGCCCCAUUUUUGUGUAGUCUUUACAGGGUGUAUGUUUAAAAUAGGUAGUGGCUGUAUGAGGAUAGUUUUUCAUGAAUGUGGCCACUGCCUGGUGCCUAAUUAUUACUUAGCUAUAUGUUUAGGAAUUUUAUAAAUGGAUGAAAAGAGGGAGGGAGGGGAUGGAUCUAAAUUAUCUUUUGUAACUUUAAAAAUUUUCCUAAAGUGCUGACAUCUAGACAAAUCUGUCUUUAGAAAAGCCCCACCCAUGUGCACAUGCUCACCCACAUGCAAAUAGGCUUUCAGGAACACCAAAGAAACCAGAAAAAAAGUUUGAAACAGAGAAGAACAGCUCAAAAGCAUAUAUUUCAAACUCUGAACUAUAUUAACAGCAGAGUGUGAAGUUACUAAUAUGGUUUCACAUGUAGAGUUCUGUACAUGUAAUAUCUGGUCAUGGGAAUGUUCACCAUGGUUCUUAUCACAAGUAGGCAAGAAAGUAGAGAGACAGAAAGAUACCCACGUAUUGUACUCAGAGUUACAGCCCAGCAUGGGCGUCUGCAUUAGUACAUACGCUGCAUUAGCCAUUGCAAUAAGAUAACAUCCUCUUGUCUGUAAACUAGUUUUACUCAUUGUAGUUUCAAGUUUAAUUUUAUUAAAGCAGGGAGAGGCAAAAUGCAUUUGAAAGGAUAGAUAUAGCAAUCACCAGGUUUAUUGCUGCUAUGUGGAGUACUUUGGCUUAUGGAAACUUCACGGAUGCAGGGAGGAAGUUGCUAGCAUGAUUCCCAUCAUGAAAUGUCUAUGGCUAUCAGUAUAAAAAGCUGACUCUCUGUUGGACUAUAAAAGACACUGACCCAAAAGAUGUUUUGUCUAUCUUACAUCCUUGCCAUCAACCAUAAAAUGUACUGGCUCUGUGUUAUCUGGAAACCUUAAAUGUGGUGUUUACUUUGUGCUGCUAAAUCUUGUUAAAGACAUUACAUAGGAAAAGGAAAUCAUUUUCAAAAUGCAGCAUAUUAAAAAGUAAAGCAAUUUGCCUCUGAAUACAACUCAUAUCUAGAUGUCACUUUAUAAAUGCUAAUGAGAUUAUUUGUAAAGAUCCAACAUAUUAAUAUUCUUUUAAGUACCCCUGCAUCCUCAUCCAGCUAGCAUAAUGCAUAUAUAGAAGCUGGCUUCUGUUUAUGCAUUCUUUCCUGGAUUGAGAACUACACACACAAAUAGGUGUUACCUGUUCCAUUCAUGGCAAAGUCCAACUUUUGAAAGUGCCAUAUAUAGUUUUGUCACUGCAUCAAGAAUCGUGAGUGCAGCCCUGAUGUUGGUACAGAACCAAGUGGUGGUGGUGGUACAGAACCAAGGACUUGUUCUAGGAUAAUGGGGCCAAACAGAGAGCUUCUUGAUUGGAGACUUAAUGUUAAAAUGUUUAAACAGGAACUGUAAUGUGCACUCGGUCUAAAUAAGUUAAGUUUUGGUCAUCCCAUUUUAUAGCAGAUACAAUCUUGAACAAACUUUUAGGAAUUUUCAUGUUGACUCUAAUAAAUGAAUUCUACUGGAACAAUAAUUAGAUAUAAGUUUUUCCAGAUUCUGAGCAUUCUAUACACGAAUGUUAUUGACUACCUGAGAAAAGAACUAACCUAUGGAGCCAAUCCUAAUCAUAUUUAGCCAGGGGAAAAAAUUCUACAGCUCCCAGCAUGGUUCAGGUAGCUAUGUUAGUUGAGGAAAGAUGGGAGCUUUAGAACCUUUUUUCCAUCUGAACUUGACUAAGAUUGUGCUCAACAUAGAUGAACCAUAGUAAUGAGUAUAUUUAGUCCCUUUGCAAAUUCUGGUAGCAAACAGUACAUACAAGCACAUGCAUGCACACAUUUGCACACAUAUUUAUGUAUACACAAAUAUGAAUAGCAGCUUCUGGAGUCAGUGUAAAAUCUACUAGAAGUCUAAUAAUUUCCUCUCCUCCAAGAUCAUAUACAAUACAAUAUGAUUCACAAAUAGCCUAAGGUGAUGAAUUAAAUUUAAGGGCAGAAUCCAAAGGACUGUGCAUGGUAUCCCUGCCCUCUGUCCUGCCUUUGUGCUGCAGUUUCCGUAAAAAGCUGCUCCUCAGAAAAGUAUAUGUAUAGGCCUCUCAGUAUCCCAUUCAAGCAGUUUUAUCCAGGCAGUUUGCUAACCCAGUUUUGUGGACCAUGUCUGUAGUAAGCUGCAGGUUGUAUUUCAUUUUAGAGGUUUAAUGGGAAGUAAAAUUUUAAAAAAUAGUGGUCUCCUUCAACUAGACAUCUUUUCCCCAAUUUACUCUUUUUUUAAAAUCUGCAGAUAAUUUUCAUGUAAAAUAUUUCUAAGGAAUACUAUGCUGCUUCUAAAAAAGUUCAGAAAGCAAUUGUAAUGGCACACAGGCAGUGUUUAACAAUAGUUAAUGGUGUUUUUUCUCUUUUCUUAACAGCAUGUAUAAUUUUAAUUAUCAUUUUUAGUAUUCUUCCAUAAAUGUGUAACUGUAUUUUCACAACUGCACCUAUAAAUCAGAGUAUGGCAUUACAACAGUCAAGUUAAUAAAAAAAAUCAUGUGCAUAGCAGGUAGCGGUUUAUCCUGUGUGUGUAUUCUUCCCCAAUGGUACUAUUUUUCAGUAGGAUAUUCUUAAACAAAAGGUGUGUUAGUUAUGGCAUGAAAAAUCGUAAAUGUAAAUGAGUACAUGUAAUGCUAAUUAAAGGAAUUUUCUUAAACUUAUGUGAUGCUUAAUAUUUUUCUUAGAAAGUUUUGUUCUAAAGGUAGAUCACUGUUCUGAAGGAUGUUGGUCCUAUGGAAUAAAAAUAAUGGAAAUAAAAUGCAUGUGUUUCAAUUGUAGACAUGGUAAAGAAUUAAAUGUGAACUUACUGUACAAUACUGACUCUGUUUUCAAACAAUCUGUUUUGCUGUUCUGUCGUUAACAUAUUUAAAAAAGCAAAUGUACUGUAAUUUAGCACUUUUUUUCAUAUGUGCCCUGUUUUCUCACUAUACUAGAGAUACAAAAUGGCAUAGGUAUGAAACAUGUAAUCAUGCCUGCAUGAAUACUUUAGGGUUUGUGCUUCCCUUGAUGUGCAAGACUGGUCUCUGUAGAGAUCAUCUUAAAUGCAGAACCCUAUCUAUCUGUUGGCUUAUUCCAGUACCUUACAGAAUAUCAGAAUUAUACUUAAAGCAAAUUAAAAUUCAGGAUCUUUUUACAUGAUCUCCUUUUCUAAAAGAUAAGUAAUAAAUACUUCAAGAGCAAAACUUGCAAGAAAGGUCUAUCCUAAGGCAUAGGUCAUUUCAUUUGAGUUAUUAAAGUCUAUCCCAAUGGUAAGUUCACAUAUGUGUACAACACAGUCAAAUGUAUGGGCUUUAUAUAUGUGUUCUCUGCACACAUGGCAUUAAACAGGUACAUACAUGAAAACAAACUUUCAGUACCAAGCACAGAGGGAUCACACCUACAAAUGGUAUCCUAGUUGCUUUACCAGGUGUGCUCACUCUGCUUGUGUGCCUGAAGACAAGGGAGGACACCAUUCCUACAACGCUUCAGCUUGAGUGCUAAAAGCCCAUGAGAAUCUACCUGGAGACCUUGCAACAUACGUGACACAUAAAUUAGCACAAUUCCAUUAUGAACAUCACCAAACAAUGGAUGAAGCACUCCUUGCAGUCAUGAUGCUGAGGCUAGUAACUCUUCUUGUGCUAGGAUAAGAAUUGGACGCGAGAUCCUGUUCAUGUGUGUUAAUCACAAAAAUGGAAUAGCAAGCACAUGCAAAUAUACAGUGGCUACUAGCCAUGGUGGCUGCAUGUUACUUCCAGUAUCAGGGUCAAGUGUUUCUCAUUACCAGCUGCAGGGGAACACUGGCAGAAUGUUGCCAUUGCAGUGAAGUCUUCCUUGUCCGAGGCAUCUGGUUGGUACUGUGGGAGCAAUGCUGGAGUAAGAUAGGCCUUUAGUCUGGACAAGUAGGAUUGCUCUAUGUUCUCAUAUUAUGUUCUCAUAUUAAAGACCAGAGAUAGUUGAUCAAAUAGAAUUGCAUUUGGAAGCAAAGGACUAAGUAGAGGUUACUAAUGAAAAAAUGGCAACUCGGAGAGGAAGAAAUGCAAAUCACCAGUUGUGUGGAUUUGGGCUGUGUGCUAAUAUGUAUGAACCUUAAAGAGGAUUCAUCCAAAUGAAAGAUGUUUGAACACUUGCAUAAAAAUGUGGGGAAUUUUUUUUAACCUGGACAAAUUCUCUCACUUGUGCCUGCCUUCUGCCUUCUGAUUUAGAAGGCAAUACUAUGUGCUUUCUCUGACUAUGUGGAUGAGCUCUCAGCCAGUAUAAUGACACACAGCUUGAUUAAGUAAAUGGCUUUCACUGAAGGAAUAAUUAUGUUUUGGGAGGAUAUCAAGUGAUUUGAAAGUUUUGAUUAUCUAAGUAAUUUCAAUAUAAUCUGACUGUCACUUGAGGGAAUGAGCCAAAAAUUCACAGUUAAUUCAUUUUUGGCAUUAAAGUUUGCCUUUUAACUAGGCUGGGGUUGUAAAGAUAGCUGGAUUUCUGAAAGAGUUCUCCGAAAAUGAAGAUGGGAUGGGAGUCAGGAGAACAUGAUUUACCUUUAGAGGAGUAGGUAUGUGCUGUACAUUAUCAAGCUUGUAGACAACAUUAUUUAGCAUCUGAGAAUCAGAAAAGUAGAAUAUCACAACAGAAUAUAUAAGGAUUUUAUGGGACUGUCUUUAGAGGAAAAUGACAAAAAUACAUAAGAGCCAUUCUUGCUUCAAAUCUUGUAUAAAACUACUGCUUGACAAGAGAGAUUUGGUUUCCAAGAUCCAUGAACAUGAGCAUUCUAGGUGAUGGUAGGGUUUUAAGCAGUAUAAAUACAAGUAAUGGAAACAGGAUAAGAAUAUCAAAGCAGUGAGAUGAAAAGUGCCAUAAUAGAUGGCACAGAGAAGUCACAUGACAUGGUUAAAUAAGAUAGUAACAGAUUAGAAAAAAGAUGUUAAAUUGACUUGUGUAUUUCUAGAAUGGAAGUGGGUAGACACUGAGGAAGCUUCCAUGGGAACAAUAGAUGAGGCAUAAAUGAAGAAGAUUGGAGCUAUGAUGGAGAAAUGGGUGGAAACAUCAUGGGUUGGAUACAAACUUUUAUCUUUCAUAAAUCAAGAGAUUCCUUCUGUCCUUGGAAGGCAUUUGAGUCAAUAGAGAUGAUCAUGCUGAUGAAAGGUAAAGAUAGGCAACUUCUGCCAAUUACCACCUCUCAAAUUGUUUGGAGGGGGGCAACUCUCUAAAUCAGAGGUGUAAAUCAGAGGUGUAAAAUCUCAAGGCCACAAACCAAAACGUGGUCCCACUGCCCCCACACACCAGAAUUCUUCAGAUGGUCAUAUCUCUGUUCCCCUGACUGUUUGGUGGUUUCAUGAGUUUUGCACUAACCUCCCACACCAUUCUGAAAAUUUCUCUUGCAUCUUCUAAGGCUUCAUUACUGCACCUAAGAACAUUAAGCUAAAAUAAGCUGACAUUCUGGCCCCACUCACUUUGCAAAUCAACCCUGUCCACUGCUGGAAUUUGCCUGCCCCAGAGCUUCUCUGAAAUGCAAUUCAACCCUUGGGCUUAAAGAAUUUCAAUAUCACUCUCUAAAGCAUAUUUUCAAAGGUCACAAAAGGCUACAAAGGAGAGUGGCAAAAUGUGAUAUAUGUGUGCAUUAACGUGCCCACACUGAGCAAGGGCAAAAUGCAGAUUCAAGCCUAUGUAUCUCCAUGUGGUCCCUCUUAAAUCCCAGCAGUAUGCAUUUGCAUCAAUUUAAAGCUGCUGUUUGCAAGAAAAAAUUAUCAAAAAGGAAUAGUUUGGAUUUCCAGUUAGCUGGUGAGGUUAAAGACUUGUAUCCUAGGAUAUCAGACUAAAAACCUACCAAAUGGUAAAUUAUCCUAUAGUCCAUUCCAAGUGUAUUCACAGACUGAUUAAUGCUUCCAGGUGUCUCUUCCAUGUUCCACAACAUUUCUGCAGCUUCAACAUACAAUAAGGGUAAAAAACAAAACAAAAUAUUGAGUUAGUAUAACUGGGUAUCUAGAGUUCUGUAUUUAAACCCUUUAAUAGUUUGUCUCAAUUUAACUAUAUCUUUUAAAGCGCUUUCAAUGUUUUUCUGUGAUUCCAACUGUCCACACAAUAUUUGGAAUAUUUUGUGCUAGGGCCAUGUAAAUAUCAGACCCUGAAUUUCAAAGAGGGAUGGAAUAAGCCAACCCAGAAAGUCCCUGUGUUAUCCUCAAGAUGCUUCUAAAAUCUACAGCAUACUCUAGUAUUAACAGGGUGUUCAGAUGUGACCUGUCCUGUACUGUACGCAGAAGUUCAUUGAUCAGUGACUGUAUUGUACUGUAUGAAUAAUCAUAAAUUGCCUUGUAUUGUUUAUAAUAAGACUGUACCACACAGAUUUCCACGUUCCAAGUUUGUCAGUAAUGCAUGUUGACAGUUAGGUCCUAAAACUAUGUGGUGCUAUUCUUCCAUAUCCAAUGGUGCUUUUGUGGAUGCUAACUGCUGACAUGCUGGGGAGAGCGGGAAAGCUUGAGGUUGAAAAGUGUCUCAUCUGCUCAUACAAGUAAAAAAAAACCAAAACCAUUAUUUAAAGUUGAAUCGUUUCACGGUACCAUUGACAAUCCUGUGUUUUAUAUGUGUGUACUUUUUAUUGCGUUUUUCAGCUGAUUCUUCAAAAAGCAGCUCUCUCACUUCUGCUGUGAAGGGAUAAUAUUUCACUCAAACAACAAAGUCUUCAUGUUGACUUAUUAGUCAUUAUUUGUCCCUGAAUUUCUAUUUGAAUCUAGAGGGUAUUGGAUCUGUUUAUGCAUUUUUUGGAAGUCCCAAUAUUUGUGUCCUUGAUUCACACAGUCAUAGCCAGGAAGAGACCUGAAGGCAAUCACUGAAACACCUUUGCUAAAGCAGGAUUUUGUAUUUGCUAGUAUUCCUAACUGUUAUUGUUUUGUUUAUAAUGACCUAGAGGGCUGUUUCACACAUUGCAGAUUGAAAUAUGGCUUUGCCACCAAUAUACCAUCAGUCAAUCAUGGCUUCCCAACUAGUAUACUGUUAUAAUAUGUAUGUUUGUUGCAUUCAUGCUUAAUAAUUUUAGGUGUGCAUCUUAAGGCACGUAAGUGUAUAUCUGUAAAGGUGCCAGGUGAAGUGAUCUGCACUAGAAACGGAAUAUGUUUCAAUGUGAACCAUGCCAGUGUUCUUUGUAGGCCAAACUUGAGGAAUAUAGAUUGAUGUGUCUUCAGCAUGGUCUGUUUGAGGCAAAACUGAACAAAAUUAAUUUUAAAAGCAUUUGGAUUGACUUCAAACUCAGUAUGUUAAUGCUGGUUGCAUCUGUGUUUGAUUAAAAAAAACCUGCACAAAUCUAUACAUGCUACAGUCCUGUUUACACUGAUGUCCAUAUGCCAUUGGAGAAAGGAAAGCUAAUUCUAUGUUUGUCCCAGUAUCUGAGUUCAGUCAAGGAUAGGAAGAGCUAGAUAACAUGAUUUGACAUCAUGAUUAAUAAUCACUAGAGGACCUACAAUCACUUGGAGUCUGGCAAAUCAAAAUAUUGUAGUUCUGUUUCUUAUAUAGAUCUCAUCUGUAUUUUGAGGGGACUGGAAUAUUCUUUGUUUAUCAACCAUGUGCUUACUUGAAAUAAUUGCUUGUUUAUUUUUAGAAUCACUCUGUUUUCUCCCAGAGGCUUUAAGCAGAUUGCAAUGCUUUAAAAUCCAAACUUGGAACAUUGUUAAAGGUUUGUAAAAUAUUACAGUAAAACACACCCCUAAUUCUAGCUAUAAAUAUCUCAGAACUGGAAUGUCAAUUGACAGAACUGGCUGGCGUAUGAAUGGCUCUGUUUCCAAAUGUGGUGGAAAUGGGGGAGGCCGCUCAAAGCUUUGUGAAUGAAGAAGCAAGGAAGAAGCAAAGGAGUGAAGAUCCGUGUCCCUGGAAAAAGAGGAACAUAAUGCUGCCCUCCUUCAAAUUUAGUGCUAUCAAAACAACUCCUGACAUUGUUAAAUAACUUUAGAAUGACAUUUGUGCUGUCUGUCUUAGAGCUAUUCCAUAUAAGAGACGAGCUGAGGUGAAAAAAAACCCUGUACCAUUUCAGACUUGAGAAGACAACGGGGAUAUAUCAUGUAUUAAUGCUACCUCAUGUAGAAAGUUCCCUAAAUACGGUAACUUAACACACCUGGGAGAGCAAUAUAUUAAACCUUUCAUUGUGUACUUACUUAUUGUAUGAUGAAAAUUGCUUUUCUUUUUUGACUUUACAAGAGAGAGCAUUCAAAAAUACACUUCUGCUUGCAUUCUUAAAUAGCAUUGUCCAAAUCUCUACCAUUUCAUUUUGUCUCAUGUGUAGAAAAGCAUGUUCUUUAUUCUAUGAAAAGUGAUGUCCAGUUCUACAUGCCUCUUCACAAGGUGCUGUAGUCAAAGAAAUGAAAUAAUGAAUGACAAGUAUACAACAAUAGGCUGUAAACAUGUGAAGCUAACCAGAUCUCAGCACUUUAAAAACAGUUUGUUUCCUCUUGUGCUGUGCACACUUCCUAAAGAUGCAAACAUCUUUGUCCAACUAGAUUUCCUAAAUUUUCAUUUUUUCUGGGAUUAUUUUUUAAAUAAUGAGCUGCUUUUUGGAGUAAGACAUAAAUAUAUAUUUGUCAGUUUUACAAGUCUAUUUACCCCAUUAUCAACUGAAUUUACAUAUUGUUGUUUGCCACUGUUUGUUCUGUCUUACAAUAAAUUGCUUACUUGUCUAGUCUUAA